GGCAUCUUACUGGGCUUGAUAUAGGGUAUAUUGGAGUUAGUGGAUCAUAUCCCACUCCAGGGGAUCUUCCAUCAAACCUCUGGGAAAUUUGUCCGGGUCUCACUACACUAGGAAUCAACGAUUUUCAUAUAUCUUCGGGGGUCGAGUUGCUUGGAAAGCAACGAAAUCCGUACAGGUUAUCCUCAAUGGAACUCCUGAAUCAUGGCGUCUUUGACUCCGAUUUCUUUGAUGACUCUGAUCUGGCUAGCAUCUAUCGAAGCUUGAUUAAAAGGUGGAAUAUUACUCGGAUCAUCUCUGCAGAACCAUGGAACAUGGUAAGAGAUAGUAGACAAUACUCGAAGACGAAUGAAAUGACGAUGUACAGGAACAAUUCUGAGCCGAUGUCUUUGGAUAAUUGGGUUCGUGAACCAUUUGACGUUCUUUCUCUCGCACUAAUAGCUCAGUUGAAAUUCGCUGAGAAUUUGAAGGGCAUGCCGUCUUCCUCCGCGGCACUUUCUGUUUAUUCCUCCUUCUCCGUAAGACAUGUAUAUUCUACCUAUCGUGAUAGCUUGCAACGACAACCCAGCAUGUAUCAUCAAUUGAAUCCAAUUUUGGACCUGGCCAUGUCAACCGGAGACUCGCCUUCCGCCAUACAACUAGAAGCCGCCCCUGACAGAUGCAUAAAUACCAGUGGAAGCGAAAACGAGGAACCCGGAUCAACCUCCUGUCUGUUUCUGCUUUUUGCUGUGAUAAAAACGUCAGCAAGUAUCGUAAAAAGGGAUCCAGUUACCUGGUCUCUCGAGCAAUGUCGUGACGUCCCCCAAAUAACCUCAAUGCAUCUUGAUGUGGCUCCAUUGGAAUGUGGUAGAAUCUCCGACGCGACGAAAGGGACAAUCAAUCUUCAAUUGGCCCGUAGACCCGCAUCACAGCAGCCUAGUAGAGGCGCACUUUUCCUGGUUGGGUUGUCGAGUGUUGCUGUGAACGGUGGUUCACUUGCCGAAGAAUUUGGUGCAGACUGGGAUCUGAUAUCUUGGGGUGUCGUCAAUCCUCAAGCCAAUUCUCAAUAUCUCCCUAUCCUUGGCCUAGAUGAGCAACUCGCUGAUGCGAAUCAAGUCCUUGAAGGUUUCUAUAGCACUUGUGCUCAAGUUGGACCCGUCAAAUGCCCAAUUUCAGCACAAAAUCCGUCUGCAGAAGGCAUAAAAACCGCCGUCAAUCAAUUCCUGAACAGUAGAUAUCGGGACUGGACCGCCGAGGACGGAUCGCUAAGCUAUAAUAUGGCUGUCAACUCCUUAAUCCUUCCAGCUUUCUACUCACCAAAGAAUUGGGAUGCUGUUGGUUAUCUGCUGACUUUGAACGGUUCCUCAAGUUCGCCUCCCGGAUUGAAAAGAGAGCUCGAAAGGCGUCAAAACACGGUCAGUAUCCCGGAUGUCGGGUACUCGUGGAGCGACUAUAGUGGGCUUGCCGCUGCGUACGUAUGGUAUCUCUCUGCCUCCUUCUACAA